AUGGUGCCCCGUUCCAGGCCUCUUUUUGCUCCAGGCCCCUUCUUUCUUUCCUUCUGGCCUUCGCCAUUUCCACUGGUACCUGCAGACUUCGUGGCCACACUCCAAGUAGCAUGUGAUGCAAAACUGGAGCGCCUGCAACGCUUCGCGGCUUUCAGCUGGGAGCCUGAGCUUUUCACCCAGCCAGAUGCGAGCACAGGAAGUGAGCACAUGGACCACAUGGCAAUUGUGUUCUCAUGGCCGCUGGCAGAGGCACUUGGGCGGCACGCUUGGGAGCACAAGCCUGAAUUUCUAGCGGCUCUGCGUUGCCUGCACGCUUUCGAACUUCUUUCCAAUGAGUUUGCGGAAGAAGACCAGCUGAAACGAGCUGUCAAGGCAGAAACCAAGGUUUACAUUGCGGGGCACAUCCCUCCAGUAUUGUCAUCCUACAGCUCAACGGAUUUGUGGCAAAAGAAGUUCGUGGUGAUGUACUGGCACCUGAUGUCUACGUACCGAGAGGUCAUUGCUGGACAGUUCUUUUCACACAUCCACCGAGAUGAAUUCCGAGUGGUGGAUUUGAAGGAUUCCUCGCCGCCACUGAUGCUCUUUGCCUCUGUGAGUCCUGUGCGCGACAACAACCCGGCCUUCUACAAACUGCAGCUGCGCAAAGGGCAGCUCUCGAAGAUUCAGGGCUUUUGGGCUGACCUUUCAAAGGAGACUCCGGAAUUUACCUCGGAAUACUCUGCCCCACCAUCUUUGGUGGAGAGUCUGAGUAAUCUGGCGUAUCGAGACUUAGCCUUCUCCUUUGCAGAUGGUUCCGACGAAGGGGAAGAGAAGUGGCAGAAAUUCUUUGCGCAGAGUGCAGUGCAGAGAUUGGGCACCACGCUCUGCGACAACGUGACCAAGUUUGAUGCGGUGAGUUGCAGCGAGUGUAUUGGCCAGUGCCGCGAGAGGGCGGUUUGCACUUUGCUCUACGGCAUUUCAGCGAGCAGCAAGCAAUACUGCGUAGAAGACCAGCUCUGGAAGAAGCAUCAAGAGCUUAAGGCGACAGAGGAACUGAUGACUGUGGCAGAGGUUCUUCUCUUCAGCGUGGCUCUGUUGAUCUUCUUGGGCCUGUGCUAUCUCCAAUACCGGCGCUGCAAAGCUCGGCGUCGCCGCAUUGGCGAAGACCUGUCCCUGGCUGGACAGGUGGAGCUGGGACCUGUGGACGAAUCGAACGAAUCGAACGAAUCGAACGCCGCGGCGUGA